GCCAAGUUUUCGAUACACGUUCCACUUGCUCACAUCAUUCGUCAUAGCAUUCCAUCACUAUUCUUCAUUCUUUGUAAAACAAUGGACGCUAAAAUAUCGUUUGAGUCCGUUAGAUGAAAAGUAGAGACAGAGUGACCUACAACUUAAAAAAGUGCAUAUAAGGCCGUGACAACGAUUUAAGCUAUUCAAAAUUUAAGUACGAAAUAGUGAGAAUUCAUUUCAGUAUUUAUUAGUGCGUACUUUAAGAUAAAUUAGUGGCUCAGUGCUAAGGAACAGAACCAUACUUUCAUUGAAAACAGCCGACAUAUUCGCAAAUAAUCCGCGCGUUUUAUAACGCUGCACCGUUUAAUCAUUGAUUACAAGUGAUUAAAAUAGCGAUUCAUGUUGUCACUUAUUGGUUAACCAAGAAGUAAAGUUAAAGCAAUAAAUUUUUUUAUCAACUGGCAUAUAAACUAACGAUUAAAAAAUGACGAACGUGAAUCAAAACGUGGAACGUGCAUUUUUUGUUACACACGUUUAUGAUAAUGGACCAUAUUUAAAUAUUUGUGGUCAAUUCGAUAGAGAAGGUUCACGACAGAUUGAAUCUCUUAUCUUAAUGCUGAAAGAUAUUUUUGAUAAAGACAUAGGUUGUGUUACAAAUCAAACUGUAUUAAUACCUAAUACCAUAUGCUGUGCUUUUCAUGAAGAUAAUUAUUAUCGCGCAAAAAUCAUCAAAGUUCAUCCUGAUUCUAAUGUUUUUGUACAAUUUAUUGAUUACGGAAAUUUUGAAGUCGUACAUCGAACUCAAAUUAGAUUGCUAGAGUGUCACAAUAUUGGAUUAAAGCUGCAAAUACUUCCACCAAUUGCUUUCGAAUUUCCACUGACAAAAGUUGUACCGUUUAAUAAUGUAUGGAGCCGCUGUAUUGUUGAACACGUAAAGAAUAUUUUGAGAUACAAUGAGCAUCCAGUUGUAGUUACUACAUACGGUAAUAGACAGAUAUUUACCCUGUAUUUUAAUGGAAUAGAUUUUUCUGAGUAUUUAACUCAGAAUCAAAUGGCCUUACCAGCGCCUUUCGAACACGUUCAGUCAUUCAGACUAGUCAACAAUUUAGCUAUGAAUCAAUCAACAGUAUCAAUGUCGUCUCGACAGCAACCUCAUGAUAUUCCUCCUGAACUUCAUACGAACAAUAAUUAUAUUCCGAAAAAUCGGCCAGCUAAACUAGUUGCACCACCUAAAAUUGAGAGUCAUCCUGAGAAUUGGCGUAAACCUCAACAAAAGAUUUCAAUGAGGCCCCCGCCUGCAAUAUCUCCUCGAUCACAAGAUAUUCCAGCAUUUAAGUCCAGGACUCUGGAAAAAGGUUCUAUCCACAAAGUUGUUGUAUCUGACGUUGAUGAUGGCCCUUUGAAAUUUAGUGUACAGCUGGAAAGCUGUGCUCAAGAAUUGGAGACUUUAAUGAAAAGUAUUAAUAGUCUUCCUCUAAAACCUCUCUCGGAGCCACCAAUUCCAAGCUCUGCAUGUCUGGGACGUUUUUCACAAGAUAAAAGACUACGCCGUGCAGUGGUCUCUGCAGUCAACGACACUCUCCAAGCUAAAGUUUUUUAUGUGGAUUUUGGGAAUCAAGAAACCUUAGGACAUACAGAUAUUUAUGAAAUACCGCCUCAAUACGCCAACCCUCCGUUAUUGUCAGUCAGAUUUAUUUUAAGUGGAGUAAGAGAUUUAACUGUCACAAAAGAAAUGAAAGAGUAUUUUAAAGAACUCGUCCUUGGAAAGUCUCUAACACUUAAAGUCAUGCCUGUUGAGGAUUCACCAUUAAUGCAUUAUGGAAAUUUGUAUCUUGAUGAUAAAAGUGUGCUAGAUUUGCUUCGAGAAAAUUUCCCUGAUUCAGCAAUUAAAUUUCCGGAUCCUCCUCGAUUACCUACUGGCUCUCGAGAAAAUGUUCACGUAUCUUAUAGUGAAGCUUGCAACAAGUUCUUUGUACAACUUGAUAAAAAUGUGAUAGAACGAGAGUCUUUGUCUACUCUGCUAACGAGAUGCGUGAAAAUUGCACCACCAAUAAAACCGGCCCAUGUCAAACCAGGAUUAAAGUGUCUCGCUCAUUGUGGUGUAGAUUCACAAUGGUAUCGAGCUGAAGUUAUUCAAGUAAUCGAAAAUCAAGUUACCGUUCAUUACGUUGAUUAUGGUAACGAUGAAACGAUUCCAAGUAAUGCUAUCCGAUCGAUCCGAGACGACAACGUUACAAAAAUACCGAUUCUGGCCAUUCAGUGCAUUCUGAAUGGCUUUGAGUCAGAACCUUUGAAUUCUGAACUUCAUGAAAAAUUCGAGGCAUGUGUACUAGACAAGCCUUUUGUAAUGAGUGUGAUAGAAGAACGGCCAUCUGCAAUUAUCGUGGAUUUGUAUGACAUUAAUACAAAACCGAUUGUAAGUGUCUCAAAGAUGUUGCAAAACCAAAACGAGCCUAACGUCCAGCAACCGAUAACUCAUUGGCAAAAUCAAGAAAGCGAUAUUUCAUCUAAAAAUCUUCAAGGAAAAAGGUCUGGCGUAAAAACGCAACUGUUAAGGAAUCAUCUUCAUAAAGCUAAAGUGACAAAUGUUAAAAAAAUACGUGAGGAAACCGACAAAUGGUCUGCAAAAAAAGUACAUGAUUCAUCUGAAGCAUCUUAUGAAAAUUCAUCUUUCGAGGAAGUGAAAAUAAAAAAUUGGAAAAAUACAGAAAAUGAAGAUAAAAGAUAUAACAAUCGCGACCAAAAAUGGAAUAAUUCUUCAGGAGACAGAUUUAAUCGAGAUAAUUCACGCAAUGAUAGAUAUAAUAGAGAUUCUGGUUCACGUUAUGAUAGAAAUGAUCGAAAUGAUACAAAUAACCGAUUUGAUAAUGAAAACAGUCCAAACAAUCGUUAUAGAGAUAAGAGUAAUGGAAGGAGAGGAUAUUCAUCAGAAAACAACAGAAGAUCUGAUCGAAAUAGUGGAGGAGAAAAUUCAUGGAGUGAUAAAGAUUCAAAUGCAUCAUCGCGAAGUAGCAGUAAACGAGGAAGACGAGGUUCUGGUCGAGGAGCAUCUCGAGGUGGUCGAGGAACAGGAGGUAGUCGACGAGAUGGUACCCGAUUUCAGGGACGUGAUAGUGAUGGGGACAAUGAUCGAGGUUUUAAGUACAAUCGUUCAAAUGAUCGCGAUUUUAAUAAAAAUGGAGGUUCACGAGUUAGAGGAGAUAAUCGAAACGAUAAUAAAAGAAAUGAUUACAACGAUCGUUAUCAAAAUAAUAAUGACAAUUCGUGGAAUACUGGUGACUCAUCAACCGCAAAUGAUUGUACAUUUACAUCACUUCAAAUUCCUCCACCUAAUAUCACUACUGGAGCUGUAAAACAUUGCGAAGUCGUUUUUUCAGCAAGUCCAACAGACUUUUACGUUCAACUUAUUCCUGAUAAUAAAGAUCUUGAUUCAGUGAUGGCAAGAAUAGCUGAAAUCUAUGAAAACAGUGGAACAAACGUGUCAGAAUUUAAUGCAAAAGUUGGCAUGAAUUGCAUUGCUCAGUAUUCUGAAGAUUUGAAAUGGUAUAGAGCUGUAAUUCAAGAAUUAUGUGAUACAAAUGGAGCUACAGUUAGAUUUGUAGAUUAUGGAAAUACUGAAUUAGUAAGUUUUGACAAAAUUAAAGAAAUCGAAAGGGAGUUUAUCAAACUUCCAACUCAAGCAAUUCACGUUAAAUUACUUGGUGCUUCGAAAAAUAAUUGGGAGAACAGUGAAAUAGAAAAGUUCACUGCAUUAACGGAAAUGAAAACUCUUGAAGCAGAAUUCGUAGCACUUGAUAAUAACAUUUAUGAAAUUCUUGUUCGCGAAAUAGUUGAUAAUCACUGUCAAGAUUUUUAUAUUAAUGAAGAAUUUAGUGGAGGGGUUGAUUUAAUUCAGGCUAAAGAGAUAGCUAAAAGUAGAAACAAGUCAGUUCGACAAAGAACUUCAACUCUAACAUCACCUAACUAUGCACCACUGGAUAAAAAAUGGUCUGAACUUCCCAUAAAUGUUGGUACGACUGAAGAUGUAAUAGUUACAUGGUUAUCCGAUCCCAAUCUAUUUUAUUGCCAAGUUUAUAGAGAUCAAACGGCUUUUAGAUCUAUGAUGAAUGAAAUUCAAAACGUUUAUAGCAACAGACAACCAGUAACUGACACUUUACAAGUAGGAAAUUCAGUUAUUGCUACCUUCGUUGAAGAUGGUGCAUUUUAUCGUGCAGAAGUGACAGAUAUUAAGUCAGGUAGAACGGUUGUCCGAUUUGUAGAUUAUGGAAACUCUGCGAUGGUUCAGUCACAUGAAAUUUUCCGUGUAGAGCAGAAAUUCAUGGAUCUCCCCAAACAAGCUGUUUGCUGCUCAUUGAAAAAUAUAAUUCCUCCUGAUGAAAAUAACUGGCAUAAGGCUAACGCUCAAGAAAUUGAUAAUAUUUUCAAUAUUGAGAAAUUUCAAUGUAGUUUUCUCGAAAUAAAAAAUGAUAAAUAUCUCGUUUCUUUAAAAAAUAAUGAUGACGACAUCGGAAGCAUACUGGUAGAAAAAGGACUUGCAUCAUAUGAAACGUCUUCUUAUGAUAAAUCCCAAAAUUUCCAACCCAGUAACGUCCCGGAAAUUGAUGGAGGUCAUAUAAAUAUUGAAGGAGAAUUAACGAAAGUAGACAUCAGUUAUUUGAAAGAACAAACCCUGAGAGUCAAAGUGUCGAACAUUGAAAGCGUUCAAAAGUUCUAUAUUCAAUUGCCAUCAGUAUUAGAAAAUGAGAAACUUAUCUCAGAUUUCAUGGCAGCUCAAAAUCAUCAGGUGAUGCCGAAACUAUUGCCGGAAGAAGUUUGUCUCGGGACAGGGUGUUUAAUUCAUAACGAGAAAGGCUGGAGACGAGCUACAGUGAUAGAUUGCUCACGGAAAACAGACUUUGAUGUGAGAUUCAUUGACACUGGAGAAACUGAAGUAGUUUCAUUAAAUAAUAUGUUAGCACUUCCUGGAGAACUUACUAGUAUACAGAAACAAGCGGUCGAAUGUUGUUUGAAAAAUGUUACUUCGUCCGUCACAAUUGAUGAACAAUUGAAAAGUAUGAUUGAGAAUAAAGAAGUUAUCAUUCGUGUUGAUAGCCUUAAAAAAAAUGUACUCGUCGUUGAUCUUUUUGAUGAAUUAGGUCACAAAAUCGUAUUCACGCCAGAACAAGAAGAUGAAAAAAUAUGUCCACUGUGUCCUAUGCCAAUUUUCUACGGAGUUCAUCGUGUAAGUGUCGCUCACAUUAAUCAUGGAGAAAGUAUUUGGCUAAAGCGACUUGUAGAUUUAAAUACAGAUGCAGAUCUUCUUAGUGAACUUUAUGACUAUUAUUCAACAUCAGGCCAACCAUUAAAUGUAAAAGAAAAUGAACUCUGUGCAGCUUUAAGCUCUGAUGGAAAUUGGUAUCGAGCAAGAGUUGUUUCAAAAACUGAUUCGAAAGCAUUAAUUCAAUACAUAGAUUAUGGAAAUACUGAAAAUAUUCCUUUCAACUCAUUAAAAGAACUGGAAACUCAAUUUUUCAAGCCAUCUCAACUAGCUAUUGAAGUUUCUCUUGAAUAUAUAAUUCGUGGUAAUGAAGCAGAACAGCAAGAACUUCUCAAUCCUCAUUUACUGAAUAAAGAAUUCUAUGCAACAUUGUAUAAGAGAAAUAAGAAGUGGUUUGCAACAUUAGGAGUAAAUCCUAGAUCGAAAAUUGAAGAAGAUCCAUCUUUUCAAGAAUUAAUUGUUGAUACUCAUGUCGAAAAAUCAACAGAAUCAAAUGAACCAGAUGAUUUAUUAAUUGGCAAUGAAUAUAAAGUAAUUCUUUCUUACAUUGAUAGUCCUACCGAAUUUUGGAUUCAACGAAUUAAAAAUUUAAGUGCAAUUCAUGAAUUAUCAUCAAAACUUCAAGAAGAAAUUUCUACUUAUCCUCCAGUGACAGAGGUACCAGAAGAAAAAUUAUUAUGUGCUGUGUUUAAUACAGAAAAACAAUUGUGGUGUAGAGCAGAAAUAAUUGAUGCUGAUGAAGAAAUUGCAACUGUUCGUUUUGUAGACUAUGGAAAUACAGACACUGUAAUGAGAACAGAAGACGGGGAUAAAAUUAAACAUCUUCCCAGUGCAAUGAAAUGUACUUCAUGGUAUGCAGUUAAAUGCCGCUUAAAUGUGAUUCCUAUUGAUUUUGAAGACUGGUCUCCAGAAGCUUGUUCCGCUUUUACAUCAAAAAUAACUACAUCAUUAGAUUUGAAAGCAAUUUUAAUUGCUGAUAACGUUCCUAAGCGAGUGGAAUUGUAUAGUGGCGAUGAAUGUAUCAGUGAAUGGUUAGUAAAAGAAGGCUGGGCAUCUAAAAUUGGUGUAAACGAUAGCGUAAUUGAUGAAUUAGUUGAUUUAGAAUUGGAUCCCAAGUCAGCCUUCAUCAGUCAUAUUAAUUCUCCCAGUGAAUUUUGGGUUCAAGAAGAGAGAUCUGUUGCAGAUUUAGAACUUAUUGCAGAUCGAUUUUUAGUGGCUGAUAUGUUUCCCAAAGUUGACAAAGUUGAAAUUGGGAAUUUAUAUGUAGCUAAAUAUCCUGAAGAUUCUUCUUGGUAUCGUGCACGAGCUAUUUCUUAUGAAAAUGAGAGUACAAAUGUUUUGUAUGUUGAUUAUGGAAAUUCUGCGUUAUCGACCGAAAUUCGGGAAAUUCCUGAUGAUUUAACAAUAAUUCCUCCUCUGUCUCGAAAAUGUAAAUUAGUCUUACCUGAUGGGAUUAAAGAAUGGUCUGAAGAAGCUUGUCAAGAGUUCAUUAAAAUGUCAAAUGAUGGAGCAACCAUUUUUAUUAUGGACAUUGUAGAAGAAGGUGAAACAUCUGUGGUUACUCUUACUCUCGAUGGUGAAGAUAUUGUAAAUCACCUCGUCAAAUUUUGUAAAAAAAGUAAACCAGUUACUUCCGAUAAUUUUAAAAUCGUUCUAGUUAGUCACAUUAGUUCACCGAAUGAAUUUUGGGUCCACGAAAAAGAUUCAUUAGAUGAUUUAGAUACUAUGACUCAAAAAUUACUUCAUGCUAGAGAUUUUCCACUUGUUGAAGAAGUUAAAGAAGGAGAACUUUGUGUUGCCGAAUUUCCUGAAGAUACUUGCUGGUAUCGAGCUGAAGUACUUUCACAUGGAGAUACUGGAACAAAUGUUAUGUACGUAGAUUAUGGUAAUACAGCUGUAUCGACGGAAAUUCGUAAAAUACCGAAAGAAUUAUCAAUAAUACAACCUUUAGCUAAAAAAUGCUCAUUAUAUUUACCUGAGGGAAUUGAUCAAUGGACUGAUGAAGCUUGUGAAGAAUUUUGUAGGCUAUCAAACGACGGAAAUACAGAAUUUAUUAUGACAGUUGUCGAAGCAGAAUUAAAUGCAGUAAAAUUAAUGUUAAAAGGUAUUGAGAAUGAUAUUUCUAAGUAUCUAGAAAGUUUCUGUGAGAAAAAAGUACCUAUGAUUGAAAAAAGAUUAUCUCCACUUGGUCAAGAAAAUUCUCCCAAUAUUGUAGUUAGCCAUGUUGUCUCACCAGCAGAAUUUUGGACUCAAGCAGAGCGCAAAAUUGCAGAACUUGAAAAAAUGGCUACUCACCUUGUACAUGCUGAGAGCUUUCUUACUCUUAAACGCUUAGAAGAAGGUAUGAUUUGUGCAGCUAAAUUCCCAGAAGAUGGAGGAUGGUACAGAGCAAAAAUUUUAUCUCACGGAGACAAUGGAACCGAAGUUUUAUAUAUUGAUUAUGGUAAUUCUGCUAUAUCAAAUGAAGUUAAAGCAUUGCCUGAAGAUAUCAUUAAAAUUCCUCCAUUGUCUAAACUAUGCUCUUUAAAAUUACCAGAAAAUAUUGAAACCUGGUCUCAAGAAGCUUGUGAGAAAUUUAUAGAACUUGUAGCUGAUGGUGCAACAAUGUUUGAAUAUAAAGAAUCUAAAUUUCUGGGUGAAAAUCCCACUUACGUUAGUCUUUUCUAUAAUGGAAAAGAUAUCGUAGAAAUUUUAGAGCCUUUAUGUAAGAAAGUGAAUUUAUUUGAGACUUCAACUGAUGUAAAAGAAUCACGUCAUCUAGAAAAAUUUUCAGAAAAAUACCAAAAUGAUGAAAAAUUCAUCCCAAUUGAAACAGCUGGAGUCAUUUCAAACAUAAAAAAUAUAAAUAAAUUAAAAUUAUCACCAGAAAUAAUGAAUAGUACUUUAAAACCGCAUGAUGACACUUCUGAAGUUCUUAAUAAUGUCACUGCAUCUGACAAAAAUAUUGAUGUUGACGAUACUAUCCUUAUAACGGAUUCAACCACAGAACAUACGGUAGAAUUGAGUCAGACUUCUGAUGAUGAAAAUGAUAAAAAAAAACAUUCAAAUAACUCAGUAUGUUGUAUUUCUUCUAUUAAAGAGGUAAGAAAUUCCGCUGGUCGUAUAAAUAUUCGCUUAGAACAAGAUGCAGAUACGUCGGCUUCUAAAGAAUUUUCAUUUAAGAUGGUCCGACGUAAUUCUCUUCCAUUUCAGGACAUUGAAGAUGCUGCUAAAAAUUCUGAAACAUAUGAUUCAAACAAAUCUGAAAUUUCUAAUUUAGAUAAAAAAAUGGUAGAUGACAAAAAAUCAGAAAGUAAUCAAGAAAUUACACUGUCGCGUCCCGUAACACCUAAAACUCCACAUUCAGAGAAACUUGUAGCAGGAGUUGUGAUAGAUCAUAGAAUGAUUGAAGAAGUUGAUGAUGAAAUAAUUGAAAUUGAGGUUAUUCAAAAAAAAUCAUAGAUUUAAAAAGUUGAAAUUACGAAAAAAAUAUAUAUGAUAUAUUUAUAAUUAAUACUUACUAAUGAGGCUCAUUAACAAAAAUUUCGAUACAAUUUAUAUAUAGCUUUAUGAUUCAGAAUCAGUUAAAAGUCAUUAAAAUUUAUUAUGAUUACUAAUUACAAAAUUAAGUUUGCUUAGCUAUUGAAUAAUUUUAUGAUUAUCUUUGAUUUCAUCAUCCUAGUAUUAAUAGUGAAUUAUUAUUGAUUAUGAAACUUAAUUUAUGUGCCACAUUAUUAUCUGCCCAAAGAUACUGAAUGAAUU